AUGGAUCCUCAGCAGCCUGUUUUUAGCCUGAUGAGGAGUUUUUUUCCUUGUCUCAGCCUGCUGCCGCUGCCCAGUCAGGACUGGAGUAAGAGUGAUGAGAGGCUGCUGCAGGCCGUGGAGCAGAAUGAACCCGACAAGGUCUCUGCUCUCAUCGUCAAAAAGGGUCUCUGUCCCACCAAGCUGGACGCUGAGGGCAAGUCGGCUUUCCACCUCAGUGCAUCCCGAGGCCGACUGGACUGUCUGGAGGUUAUCAUCUCUCAUGGAGCCGAUGUGAACGUCCCUGACGGUGCUGGCUUCAGCGCCCUCCACCUCGCAGCCAAAAACGGCCAAUCAGAGUGUUUAAAGAGACUCCUACAGGAGAGACUGGCAGUUGAUUGCAUCGACAGCAUUGGCAGGACACCACUUCAUCAUGCAGCGGUCAGUGGCUGCUUGUCCUGCACUGAGACCCUGUGGGACUUUAAAGCCGAUCUGGAUGUCCAGGACAGUGACGAGGCCACCCCUCUGAUCUUAGCAGCUCAGAUGAGCAGAGUGGAGCUCUGUGUGUUCCUGUUGGGACGAGGUGCCAAUGCUAACAUUCAGGACAACCAGGGAAGGUCUGCGUUAAUGUUGGCUUGUGAGAGUGACAGUAUUGAAACUGUAGAGGCUCUGCUGAGAGGCGGGGCCAACACGCAGCUGGUUGACGCCCUUGGACACCAAGCCACCGACUACAGCGUAACCACGGGCAACCAGCGUGUCUCACAGAUGUUGCAAGAUGGAGUUCCUCCAGCUUCUGAGGGCGCAGGCGAGGAGGUUUUGCCUCCCUCUCCUCAGCCCCGGAGUCCUGCUCGCCCCGGCCAGACCCCUUCUCCACAGCCUCCAGAAACACAGCAACCAGCCCAGGCGGAGGACGAGGAGGUGUUUGAGGAGAUUCGACGGCUCCGUCUGGAGAGAGGCCGCCUGCUUCAGAAGAUCAAGGCCUUGGAGCAGCAGCAGCAGAGCGCCAUCUCCGCCUUGGAAGAGUUGUCCCAACUAAAGCAGCGAUUAGAGGAGGCCGAGGCAGAGAGAGACAAGCUGCUGGAGGAGCUGAAGGGAGAUCAUGGUAUUGAGGGCAGUGACUCUGAGGACCUGGAUGAAAUGUUUGACUUCCCAGAGAAGCUGCUCUCCAAGCGCUCCAGAGCCUCCCCUGCUCAGGAGGAGGACAGUGACUCAGCCAGUCCCUCCCCUGGACCUACAGACCCAGGAACUGAUGCCGAGCUGCGUAAACAAAUAGAGGAACUAACCUCGCAGAACUCCGAGCUUGUUCUCAAAGUACAGAUGCUGGAGAUGUUUGAGAAGGACGACACAGACAUGCAGACCUCCAGCCCGGACUCCGUCCCCUUAGCUCAGUAUGAGACCCUGAGGAAGGAGUUUGAAUCCCUGAAGGAACGCCUCUCUCAGGCCCAGGCUUCAGACGGUGGUAAAUCUCAGGAAGGAGGUGCAACCGCAGAGAGUACAGAGGCUUUGAAGGAGAAGCUGAGUGUGUUGGAGGAGCAGUUGGCCUCCUCCCAGUCUGAGCUGGAAGAGCUGAAGGAGCAGAUGCUUCUCGGGGUGCUCUCUGUGGACUGUGGUGAGGGGGAUACUGCCAUGGCAGGUGCUGGCACUGAAGGCGGGUCUGGGGCUGCAGGGGAGGGUCCGAGGAAAGAGGCGCAGCAGCUGAGAGCGAGGGUGACGGAGCUGGAGGAGGAGCUUGCCAAGACACGGGGCGUGGAGGCGGGUCAGAUCGGCCAGGACAGCAACACAAUCAAACAGCUGAGGGAGAAAGUAGAAAAACUUCAGGCUGCUCUGGCCAAGAAAGAGUCUAUGAGAGAAGAAGUGGCAAAAGACGGAGAAAGGAAAGAAACGGUGAAGGGCUUUCGUGACAAAGUGGCUGAGUUGGAGGCAGCCCUGGCAGAGAGCAGCGUCUCGGGCAAAGAGGGAGGAGCAGGGAGAGAUGGAGAUAAGGUCCGUCGUCUGCAGGAGCGUUUGGGAGAGCUAGAGGGGGAGCUGCGGAAGUGUGUCCCACGCUCUGAGCUGGAGGAGGUGCAAGUGAAUCUGGGGCUCCAGUGUGAGCAGCUGGCCAGGGAGAGGGCAGCAGUGGCCAGACGGCUCAACGAUGCCCUGCUGGAUCUGGAGAGACUCAGGCCUCCUCCACGUGGUGGUCAUGAUGAGGAGGAGGACGAUGAGGAGGAACACUCGGAGAGCUCGGAGCGCUCAGUCAUAUUAGAUCCCUCAAGACGAACCUUGGCAGCAGUGACAGAGGAGCUGGAUGUGGCCCGGCAGGAAGCAGCCCAGGCUCUGGAUUGCCUGUGCGCGGAGCGAGAGGGCAGGGCACUGGACGCCCUGCAGCAGCAAGAUGCGGUGCCUCUCUCAAAGCACAAGGAGGCGCUCUCCGCAGUGUCCGAACAGCUGGCCGACACGCUGCAGGAGCUCCAGGUGGAGAAGAACCUCCGUUGCAAAGCUGAGGAGCAGGCGGCCGCACUGGAGGCCAAGCUGCAGCCCAUGCAGGACGCCAUACCAAGAGAGGAGCAUGAGAAAAUCAAGGCAGAGCUCCAGCGCUCCCUGCAGGCCAGCGAGAGCAGUGCAGCAGCAGCACGGGACACCCUGACUGAGAAAGAGAUGGAGCUGAGAGAACUGAAGUCCCAGAAGGCCACGGAGCAGGGCCUCAUCUCCAAGGAGGACCACGAGGGCCUGCGGCUCUCCCUGCAGGUUGAUAUCAACGCCAUCACGGCUCGUUUCAACGACCUCACCCGCAAACAUGAGAAGACGUGCACCGAGGUGUUCCAGGUGCAGAGAGAGGCUCUCUUCAACAAGAGUGAGCGGCAGGUGGCCGAGUCCCAGCUGGCCACGGUGCAGCAGCGGCUCGCCGAGCUACAGGCGCAGUCCAACCACAUCCAGGUGCUCCACAACAACGUCCAGGAAUCCCAGGGCCUGGUGAAGGAGAAGGACCGCAAGAUAACAGAGCUGUCCAAGGAGGUGUUCCGGCUAAAGGAGGCCUUGGGAGCUCUUUCACUUCCUCUGGGCAUCACGUCCUCCUCUUCAUCCACCCAUGUCGGUAACCCCGGGCAACAAGUGGCACUGCAGAACCGAAUCUCUACACUCACCCAGCAGCUCCAGGACUGGGAGAGAAAGCACAAACAGGUGGUGACUGUGUACCGCUCACAUUUACUGGCAGCUGCACAGGGUCGAAUGGAUGAAGAAGUGCAGGGCAUGCUACGCCAAAUCCUGAGGAUGACGCAACAGGGAAACUGA